AUGAGUCAAGAGGAUUUAAGCUCUUCUGUGAAGGAAUUGAGUAUACAGGAAUCACCAGCUGUGGAAACAGUCGAAGAAAAUUACAAAGUGGAAGAUGUAAUGGACACAAAUCAAGAAGAACUCCAGACAGAUGAGAAUACAGCCCCAGAAGUUGAAGUUGAAGUAGUGGAAGAAGAUGAAAAUAAAGAAAAUGGUGAAGGCGAAGAAGAAGACGAUGAUGAUGAUGAUUUUGGUGCCUUUUCAGAUGCUUCAUUCGACGAAUUUGAGUCCCGACCUGAACCACAAGAAGUACCGUCAACAACAACUGAAACUAAUUCAACAACCUACACACAAUUACCUCAAUCGUUAUUCAAUUCACCAUCAGACCUUCAAGAAACACUCAACAACUUAUUAUCGCAAUCAUUUCCAGUCACGCUACCGCCAUCAUCGGUACCGCAAAACACAGAUGUGUUGAAUGAACGUUCAAAAUUAUUACUUGAGAGGUUAACUGCUCUACCAUACUUGAAACCACACAAUUGGAAGAAGAGUUCACUAAGGAGACAGUUAUUGAUAACAUUAGGUAUACCUGAUACUGAAAGUGUCGUGACUAGAAGGAAGAACUUGGAUGACGGGAUGCAAUACAAGAUUGUAUCAUUUGAAAAUUUAGGAAUGAGUGAGCAAGAUGCUGAAAAGUUUAAAGUAAAAAAUGAUGAGAUUAUAGAGAAUUUAGAACGAUCUAUGAAAGAUGAUCAUGUAUUACAGAGCUUGAAUGAUGAUGAUUUAGAUGGUGUUAUUAAAGAUUAUGAAUCCAAGAUUGAAGAAAUUUCGAAGCUGUUGGCUGUUUGGGAAUAUGAAGAAAAGAAACUAGAAAAUGACAAUAGUACAUUUGAAGGGGUUGUUGAGAAUUUAGUUGGUCAUACUCAAAGAUUGAGAAGAGAAGAGACUUUGAAAAGCUUAAAGAAAGAAGCUCAAAAGUCAAAAGGUAUAGGAUCAAUGUUUAAAAAAAAAUCCAAGAAAUAG